AUGGGCCAGGAAGGGGAUCCAGGCAUAGCAGGUUACCAGUUUAUUCAUUUUAUUCAGAAUCACCUCAUUGGUGUGAAGGGUCACAUGGGACCGCAGGGCCCACUGGGACCUUCUGGACCAAAAGGCGAAAAGGGAGAACAAGGAGACGACAGUAAAUCGGAGGGUCUUCCAGGUCCCCACGGUGACAGAGGGACCCCCGGGGUCAGAGGUGAGCGAGGAGAGCCCGGUGACCCCGGACACGCCGUAAAUGCCAAAAAGCUGAAAAUGAAAUGCAUUUCUCAGGGUCAAACAGGCGUGGACGGACCUAGAGGUGAGGCUGGCGUCCCAGGGCUUCCUGGGGAGCAAGGGGAAGAUGGAAAAGAGGGAUUACCCGGACGAACCGGGCUCCAGGGGGAGAGGGGCAUGAUGGGGGUCCCAGGAAGUCAAGGGUCCUUUGGUCCCAAGGGCGAGAGGGGUCAGCAUGGUCAGGCCGGUCCAGCCGGGAAGAGAGGCUCCGCGGGUGGAAUGGGGUUGCCCGGGAAACAAGGACCCCCAGGAGCAAAAGGACAACCAGGCGAUAGCGGUCAGCAAGGAUUCCCGGGAGUGUUUGGCUUGUUUGGACCGAAAGGACCCCACGGUGACAUUGGCUCGGCGGGGAUACAGGGACCGAAAGGGCCACGGGGCUUGAUGGGCGUGGACGGGACUCUGGGCCCCGCCGGCAUCAUCGGGCCCAGCGGUCAUCCGGGAGCCCAGGGUGAGAAAGGAAGUCGGGGGGAGACGGGAUCUCCCGGUCCUCGAGGACCACCUGGACCACCAGGUCAGGAGAUCCUGAAGAGCCUGCAGCACCUCAGCUCUCUGGUCCAGAGUCUGCGGACCCCUCUGGGCACCCGCCCCCAUCCGGCCCGGAUCUGCAGGGACCUGCACAGCUGCGAGCAGCGGGUGCACGACGGAACCUACUGGAUUGACCCCAACCUGGGCUGCCGGGCGGACAGCAUCCAGGUGACCUGUAACUUCACCAGCGGGGGACACACUUGCCUGAAACCUGUCGCGGUCUCCAAGCUGGAUUUAGGCGUGGGUCGCAUCCAGAUGAACUUCAUCCACCUUCUGAGCACCGAGGCCACGCAGCACAUCGUCGUCCACUGCCUGGACACGCCCGUGUGGGCAGCGGCGCCCUCCUCACCGCCCUCGCCCGCAGCCGUGAGCUUCAGGGCCUGGACGGGGGAGAGGAUCCGGGCGGGGGACCUGCUGGAGCCGCUGGUACCCCGAGACGACUGCUGGAUGAAAGACGGGCGCUGGCACCAGACUCACUUCGUCUUCCAGAGCCCGGACCCCGACCUGCUCCCCAUCGUGGACGUCGUGCACGACCUGCCGGGGGGGGGGCUCCACCUGGAGGUGGGACCGGUGUGCUUCCUGUAG